AUGUUGUCAAAGCCAUUUAAGCCAUUGACCCUCAGAAAGUCCCUUCCUAGCAACGAAAGUAACGACAUCGGAACCCCUUCCAACAAGCGAAGAAAGCUCAGUCCUCCGGAGGACUCAACUAGGGAGAGACCAGCUGCGCCCAGCGGAGGUCGCAAGCCCUCAUAUAGUACGUCGGCUAGAUCAGCUCUUAGAGAUAUCCCCAAUCCUUCAAGUUCCGUCGAGAAUCUUGCGGAGUCGGACGCAGAUGGCCUCACGAGCUAUUACACGGUGUUAUGGCGUGCCCCCACAAACAAGAAAAACAAGACCUGGACCGACGAUGGACAGCUUACUGUUGCUCGUGGUUUUGCAACGCUUUACAACAGAUCGGGAAAGAGCAUAGGGCGCACGGCGUUUUCGAGCCCACUAUUGCCUGGUUCGACCUUGACCAUUGGCGGCAAAGAGGUUGAGGUCGAUUCUUGUAUCGAAAAAAAUGAACAUCUCGCGCUUGUCAAACCGAAAGCUGUUGCCACGAAGCUCGACAGGGAUUCUACCUCGAAACCUCUCUCCGCGUCAUCAUCUGCACCCCAACACCCCAAACAGAGCAUACAAGCCCAGAUGAAGGCGCAGAUCCAGCAUGAAAAGGCACAGAGUCAAAAGCAUGGUCCCUUGAAAACAAAUCUUGUAUCUGCGUUCAGGCAACCUCUGAAAGAGACAACAAUCUUGCCCCGAGGGACUGCUGAGACCCCUAGGCCCCGGCACGAUCCUGAUGCAGAUGGUGCGCUUGUCUUCAAGAGGCCUAAACAUGUACCCGCGGGUCGUCAGACAGUCGAUGUCGUUCUAGACCCUGUCAUCGGUAGGCUACUACGACCACAUCAGAAAGAAGGAGUCAAAUUUCUCUAUGAAUGCGUUAUGGGACUGCGUAAUUUCGAUGGACAAGGUUGUAUUCUUGCGGACGACAUGGGUCUGGGCAAAACCUUAACCACAAUUGCUCUCUUGUGGACGCUGCUACGGCAGUCUCCCGUGUACAGGGAUCCACCGGUCAUAAAAAAGGCUCUGAUUGUCUGCCCAGUUUCUUUGAUUCGAAAUUGGAAGCGUGAGUUCAAAAAAUGGCUCGGCUCGGACAGGCUGGGUGUGCUCGAGUUCGAGGAUCAAAACAGCCGCAUCAGUGAUUUUGACGGCAAAGUCUAUCAGGUGAUGAUCAUUGGAUAUGAAAGGUUGAGAGUAGUGGCCGAUGAUCUCGCCAGGGGCCAUCCGAUCGAUAUUGUUAUCUGCGACGAGGGCCACCGUCUGAAGACCAUGAAGAACAAGAACGCUCAGGCUAUCGAGUCACUAAACACUCGCAGGAGGAUAAUUCUGUCCGGGACCCCCAUACAGAACGACCUUGGAGAGUUCUUCGCCAUGGUCAACUUUGUAAAUGAUGGCUGUCUGGGCUCGCAAAAAGGCUUUAUCAGAGACUUUGAGAGGCCUAUUAUGAGAAGCCGUCAGCCUGAUGCGUCGGAAAGUGAGAUCGAACGGGGACACGAAGCCAGUGAAGAAUUGGCUCGUACGACAUCGCCAUUCAUACUGCGCAGAACCGCCGAUAUCUUGUCCGAGUUCCUGCCGCCAAAAACCGAAUACGUGCUAUUUUGCAAACCGACACAGGGUCAGGCCAAGAUUUACAGACAUAUCUUGAAGUCUCCGAUGUUUCAUAGCGCCCUCCGAAGCAACGAGAGUGCCUUCCAGCUGAUCACUAUCUUGAAGAAGUUAUGCAACAGUCCUGCUCUGAUGGAUCCCAAGUUCGGCAACGACGACGUAACACCUUCCUCGUCACUUACCACGUUGAACGAGAUGCUUCCUGAGGGGCUGUCUAAGCUAUACCACAAUUCUCUCUCAUGCAAGAUUCGCCUACUCGACGAACUCCUGCAGCAAAUCCGGCACAAUACCAGUGAGAAGGUGGUCUUGAUCUCAAAUUACACAUCAACAUUGAACUUGAUCGAACAGCUGCUGGUCAAUUCCAACCUCCCCUAUCUCCGCCUCGAUGGGUCCAUUGCAGCGAAGAAAAGACAACCGCUCGUGGAUCAAUUCAAUCAGUCAACAUCUGCGCAGUCAUUUGCUUUCUUGUUAAGCGCAAAGGCGGGUGGCGUGGGUCUCAAUUUGAUUGGCGCGAGCCGACUUGUCCUCUUUGACGUCGACUGGAAUCCGGCAACGGACGAUCAAGCUGUGGCACGUAUACACAGACAGGGUCAGAAGCUACACUGCAAGAUCUACAGGUUCCUGAUCAAAGGCACCAUCGAGGAGAAAAUCUGGCAGCGGCAGGUGGUCAAGAGAGCCUUGGCUGACAGCAUCAUGCAAGGCCGAUCGGCUAGCUCAUCGGGACUUCUCGAGCCAGGCGCCAAAGGACAGACUUCGACAUUCAGCCAGGAGGAGUUGAAAGACCUGUUCCGUCUGGAUGAAAGUGAGGGAUUGCGCACACACGACUUGAUUGAAUGUGAUUGCCACGGAACAGGACCGAGAGUUGCAACAGCCGAAGCCUUGGCAGAGAACGCGGAACAACUGGAUGCUCCUGUUGAAGAUUCGGAGGAGGAGUUUCCAGAUAUCACUGCCUUCGUGGCCGAUGGUCCUGAAAGGCCGACAUCACGAGCUCGGAAGAGUCUGGAGUCUGAAGCACUAGCCGAGACUCACCGUGAAGCAGAGUCCCAAGAGCUCAUGAAAUUUGCGCAUCUGGAUACCUCAAUACUGUCCAAACCAGAAGACGGCAAGGAGCUUGUGAACCAGGUCAUGUCAGCCAUUGACGAUGUUUGUCUCGAACACAUUGUGCGUCUGGAGCCUGACAUGCUUGGGGGCGGUGGCGUAUCGUAUGUAUUCAAGAAGACAAAGGGUAGUCAGUUGCUUGAAUAG